CAAUCAUACAAGAAUAUUUCCAUAGCCACAACAAUGUCUUCCUCAAAAUUUAUCACCACUUUUCUUUUCUCACUCACCAUAACACUUCUUCUCCAAACAUCUUUUGGAGCUGACCCUCUCUUCCAUUUCUGUUCGAGUUCGGAAAACUUCACAGCCAACAGUCCCUAUGAAUCAAACCUCAAAACACUCACCAACUCACUCAUCUACAAAACCCCUUCAACAGGUUUUGGUCUUGCCUCUGUUGGCCAAUACCAAAAGGCAUAUGGACUUGCCCUUUGCCGUGGUGACGUGUCAGCCUCAGAUUGCAAAACUUGUGUCUCCGAAGCACCCAAAGAAAUUCUCAAUCGUUGUCCUUACAACAAAGGUGCCAUCAUUUGGUACGAUUAUUGCAUGUUCAAGUACUUGGACACAGAUUUCUUUGGCAAAAUUGACGACACAAACAAGUUCUACAUGUGGAACUUGAAAAAUGUUGAUGACCCUUCAACGUUUAACUACAAGACUAAAGAGUUAUUGAGCCAACUUGCCGAGGAAACUUAUGGGAAUAAUAAAUAUUAUGCGAGUGGAGAACUAAAGCUUGAGAAAUCAGAGACACUUUAUGGAUUGACUCAGUGCACUAGAGACCUUUCUAGCAAUGAUUGUAAGAAGUGUCUUGAUGAUGCGAUUAACGAACUUCCAAGUUGUUGUGAUGGCAAAGAAGGAGGUAGAGUUGUGAGUGGGAGCUGCAACUUUAGAUAUGAGAUAUAUCCCUUUGUCAACCAGUAAAUUAACCAUCAAUAUCUUAUAUGGAUUAAUUGAAUCUCUUCAAUUGAUAUCGUCAAUAAAGAUAAACAUUAUUAUGCAAUUUUAAAUAGUGUAUGAAUAAAUUAAUGAAUAUAUUGUAUUUUUUAUUUUAUUUUUGA